AUGAAGGCACCCUCGACGACAUUGCUGCGCGCCCUACUACGCCCUCGACAGCCUCUUUGCCAGCUCAGAUGGAAGUCGGAGUGGAUGCCACGGGAGAAAUAUGCAAAGAUCACGGCUCUGGACAAAUUACACAGGAGGCAGAAGGCUGCUGUACGGAAAGAAAGACAAGCCAGCGAGGAUAGAGCCGCGAGGAUGUACCCUGACACAGAUCCUUCAACGCCCCCGCCUACAGUGCUAGCAGCAGACCUCAAAGCCUCCUCACUCAAAAGCCGAGUCCGUGGCUCUAGCAUAACGCCAACCCUCUCUCCGCUCCCCUAUAGCAUUCUGCGCACGCCUUCAAAGAAUCUGCCGAUUUACCAGACCACAAAAUCCGGCGGCUCGAAACAUAUCACCACGAUCCGGAAGAUACAGGGCGACUUGACAGAACUAGCAACAGCGGUGAGGCAAGCACUGGGCAUGGAUGAGUACAUGACAGACAUGAGAGGGCGGAAGAAGGCGAAUGUCGUAGUCAACCGGAUAACCAAGCAUGUGAUUAUCAGAGGCUGGAGAGGACCCGAGAUCAAGCGGUGGGCCGAAGUCAGUGGAUUCUGA